CGCCGGUCUGUCGUGGAAUUACGUUACCGAGGAGGUCUCCCAUGCUGCGCAACCUUUCCAAGUCGCUACAUGCGCUCUCAAAGUCAAUCAGCGCGGCGCGAACUUGCCCGGAUGCCUUGCGCUUUGCACCUAUCGCGGCGAGAAGUGCCAUGGCGAAUGGCAUUGUCAGGUUCGACUUGUCGCCUCGACUGUUUUCCACAGCCGCCCCGCCAUCUGCAACGCUCGCGGAUAUCAAAGCUCAUAUCUCCAUGAUGGAAGAGCUAUCGUGCACUGGAUGUGGCAUCGAGCUCCAAUUUAAGGACGAACAUAAAGUGGGAUUCUGCACGGAAAAGGCACUCGAGAACCUCGACAGCGUCGCCGACAUCUCGACGACACUCCUGUGCCAGCGAUGCUUUCAGAUUCGAAAUUACGGCAAGGUUACGGACUCGCGGAUGCCCUACGAAGAGUACGAAAAGCGAGUGAAGGCGCUAAAGCCGCGCGACAUGCUGAUGGUUCAACUCGUCGACAUCUUGGACAUCACUGGGAGUUUGCUGGGAAACGCCCGCCACGUCGUUGGGAAGAAGCCCGUGAUGCUGGUCGUGAACAAGGGCGAUUUGAUUCCGGUCAAGUCGGGGUCUCGCCGCCUCUUACGGCGUAUCAAGCAGGCUGCAGUGGAAUGCGGCAUUGAGAAUGUGAUUGGUAUCCGUCUCAUCAGCUCGGUCAAAGGCGCUGGGAUCGCCGAUGUCGUGUCGGAUAUUCACAAGUACCGCCAAGGACGAGAUAUAUGUGUCAUCGGCGCUGCCAAUGCUGGUAAAAGCACCUUUCUCAACGCAUUGCUCAAGCACACGACAAAGAAGAAGCGAUUUCCCAGCAAAGCCAUCAAGAGCGGGAUCACGUCGAUCGCGGACGUGGACGUAAGUGAAGUCGUCGCCGAAGCUCCGCCUGAACCAGAACUUUCUGAGGAAGACAUCCCAGACGACGAGCUGCUGAGCCCCAAGCAACGCAAGCAGCUGUCAAAGAAGAAAUCCGACGUGUAUAUGACGACAUCUUCGCUGCCAGGAACCACCCUCGCCGUGUCUCCCAUUCCAAUAACCCUGGGAGAUGACUCGUGCAAUAUUUUCGACACACCCGGCUUGAUUGUCAACCGAAAGCGCCAAAAGCUGAUUGAGAAUUUGUCCAAGCCAGGCUUUGACGAACUCAACAGUAUCCUGCCUGGCAAGAAGCUUCCCUUGAGCAUAUUCAAGAUGACUCCAGGACGGAGUCUCUUCCUUGGAGCGAUGCUGCGGUUGGACUACGAGAGUGAAUUGUCCAAGGACAACAAGGGUGCUUCGAACUCACUGCUGUUUUCGUGGUAUGGUGUCCUGCCUGGCCACCAAAGCAAAACUGCGAGUACGGAAUUUUGGUAGCGGUUAGUGUUGACCUCUGGAUGUAGAUGCGGAAGAAACGUUUAUGAAGCACGCUGGCGGGCUGCUCUCUCCACCUCGUGGAUUGGACGCGCUCAGCUUUACGGGACCUCUUGUUCAUCGCCAGCAGGUUACGGUGCAGGAGUUCGUCACCGGGGACGUCAUGACUCGAUCAAGCAACCCCAAGCGACCGAAGCGCACGACUGUCCUAGAGUUGGUCGUGCCUGGCUUUGGGUGGUUGGGCGUCACUGGCGUCGACAUGGAUGGGACCCAAACGCUGGAAAAGACACUGAAGAAUGCACGCAUUCAAAUUUCAACCUGCGAUGGCAUCGAAGUGCACGCUCGUUCCGCCCUCUUUCCGUUCGAGAUGACCGACACGAACAAGAACAUGUGGAAAUAGCCACCAACGGAUCAAUUGGUGCAAUGAACCCGUUGUGUUUGAGUGGCAUGUGUUCCAAUGCACCAACGGAGAUGUCCGUCUCCUCGGGGGAGGGGGCAAUCACUGGUUGCGCCUGCGUCAGCCCCCGCGUCCGUUGGGCUGAGGCAUCGACAUGGUCGGCAUGUAGGUCGUGGCUUUGCUUGCACAACGACGACACUAGCGUGGCGCCGUCGAUCCGACAGCCCGGUGAUGUCGCAUGUCGUAAUCUGGG